UCAAAGAAUUUCUUCGUUAAUUAACAGACUGAUAAAAUAACCAUAAAAUAGCGUCAGUUUGACUUUUUUGCCCUUCAUAUAAGGGAUAUAAUAUCACCAAAAUCAGGCUUCUACGAAAAGAGAACUGAAGCCUCUUUGACAAGAAAUUAGCACAAACUUGUCAUUAAAAAAAUAAAAAGUUCAUUGACAUUAUCACCCUCAAACCACGACAUAAAGCACCACCUUCUUCAUCGUCUAAACUUCAUAACUCCAAUCAUGUCUUCAAUCAAAUCCAAAGUCAUCUCUUUCCUCUUCUUAUUCUUCCUCAUCCACUUGGGCACCGUCCCAUCACUCGCCAGAAAGUACCACCUCAUCAAUUUCCGAUCACCCAACCUCUACCCAGAGGGUCUCACCUGGGACGCAUACGACCAGCACUUCGUCGUCGGCUCCCUCCACCACCGCUCUCUCCACUCCGUCUCCGACGCCGGCGUCAUCCAAACCCUAAUCUCCGACCCUUCUCUUCCCCCGAACGCUACCAUCUUAGGCCUCGCCAUCGAUUCUAUCAACAAGCGCCUCCUCGCCGUCGUAAACUCAGUCGCGCCUCUCCCUCCCUUCAACGCCCUCGUUGCCUACGACCUCAAAACCCUCCGCCGUGUCUUCCUCUCUCUCCUCGAUGACGUUGUCCCCGACGGCGACUUCGGCACGCGCAACGGGGCCAACGACGUGGCGGUGGACUUUGAAGGAAACGCGUACGUCACCAACUCGCCGGCUAACUUCAUCUGGAAAGUCGACAAAGAUGGAGCGGCUUCGGUCUUCUCCAGAUCUCCGGUUUUCACGGCGCAUCCAUUGGCGGUUCCACACGACGCGCCGUUCAGCGAGUGUGGAUUAAACGGGAUCGCUUACAUCAGCAAGGGGUACUUAUUGGUGGUUCAAUCGAAUACGGGGAGGAUGUUUAAAGUGAAUGUGGAAGACGGGUCAGCUCGGGUCGUUAUGUUGACCGAGACUUUGACUUGGGCGGAUGGUGUUGCAGUAAGAAAAGACGGCGUCGUUUUGGUGGUAUCUCAUACCAGGCUGUGGUUUCUGAAGUCUCAUGAUAGUUGGGGAGAGGGAGUGGUGUAUGACAAAACAGCCCUUGAUGAGGAAAAGUUUGCUACUGCAGUGGCAGUGGGAGGGGAUGAUAGGGUUUAUGUGUUAUAUGGGCAUCUGAUGGAAGGCAUAAUGGGAAAAGGAGGAAGGGAAGAGUUUAGUAUAGAAGAAGUGAGGUCAAAGAAAGAGAGUGAAGAUGAAAAUGUGUGGGUGUUUGUAUUGAUAGGGUUGGGAUUGGCUUAUUUCUUGUUCUGGAGAUUUCAAAUGAGCAAACUUGUUAAGACUAUGGAUAAGAAGAUUAAUUGAGUUUUUGUUGUAUGUAUUUGAUUUCUAAUUUGUGAGGUUCAGCUUGAAGCUCAUAGUUUUUACUCUCUUUACGAACUCAAAUUUCUUUCAAACACUUUGCCCUGCCUGUGCAGUCUUGAUCCUUAAUCAGAAGAUAGAAGUUGGGUAAGCUCUAAGCCUGUUUUUUGUUACUAUAUGAAUUGAAAAGAAAUCUUAUGAUCAAAGAUUAAAGCUUUGUUGAAUUAGUUUGAUGGAUUAGAGAGUUUGAGUCUGUGUAUUCAGGUUUUGAUGAUACCUGUGCUCUGGUGUUUGCAAUUUAUAUAUGAAUCCAAGUGUUGAGAAUAUAAUCUUUCUUGCAAAUAAAUAAUGUUUUUUUCUUUAA